AUGUCUUCCAAAUCAACAGAGGAAGAUGACGUAUCAGCGUUAUGCAUAAACGAAGCGUUGACGGACGACGAGCUUCGUUCGAUUCUGGCGAGAUUUGAUAACGACAAAGACAAGGAAACGUUCGGUUUGGUAUGUAAGCGAUGGCUUCGGUUGCAGAGCACCGAGAGGAAGAAGCUGGCCGCACGUGCCGGUCCUCAUUUGCUCCGGAAAAUGGCUGAUAGGUUCACGCGCUUGGUAGAAUUGGACCUUGCUCAGUCUGUUUCUCGUUCGUUUUAUCCUGGGGUUACUGAUUCGGAUCUUGCUGUUAUCGCUAAUGGUUUCAGAUGCCUGAAGAUCCUCAAUUUGCAUAACUGUAAAGGGAUUACAGAUGUUGGAAUGAAAGCUAUUGGUGAUGGUCUUUCCUUAUUACAAUCAUUGGAUGUGUCCUACUGCAGAAAGCUGACUGACAAGGGGCUGUCUGCUGUUGCCAAAGGCUGUUGUGACUUGCGGAUAUUGCAUCUUACUGGCUGCCGAUUUGUUACGGAUAGUAUACUAGAAGCACUGUCCAAAAACUGUCAUAAUUUAGAAGAGUUGGGAUUGCAAGGAUGCACAAGUAUCACUGACAAUGGACUGAUAAACCUUGCAAGUGGUUGCCAGAGGAUCAAAUUUUUAGACAUUAAUAGAUGCAGUAAUGUCAGUGAUGUUGGAGUUACUAGUAUUUGUAAGGCUAGUUCUUCUUCUCUCAAGACUUUGAAAUUGUUAGAUUGCUACAGAAUCGGGGAUGAAACUAUAUUAUCAUUGGCCAAUAUCUGUGAUAAUCUGGAGACUUUGAUCAUUGGUGGUUGCCGGGAUGUCUCCAACGAUGCAAUAAAGUUUCUGGCUACUGCUCGUAGAAACAACCUUAGGAACUUGAGGAUGGAUUGGUGUCUCAACAUUUCCGACUCUUCAUUGAGCUGUAUUCUAAGUCAAUGCAGAAACCUUGAGGCACUGGACAUUGGUUGCUGUGAAGAGGUAACAGAUACUGCUUUUCAUCAUAUAAGCAGCGAGGAGCCUGGUUUGAGUUUGAAGAUUUUGAAAGUUAGUAAUUGUCCAAAGAUCACAGUGGUUGGUAUAGGCAUUCUUGCCAGUAAAUGCAGUCACCUGGAAUACUUGGAUGUGAGAUCAUGCCCACAUAUUACAAAGGCUGGCCUUGAUGCGGCUGGUUUCCAUUUUCCUGAUAGCUGUAAGAUUAAUUUUAACGGUAGCAUCAGCGAGCCCGCUGUUCUUCUUUGA